AUGGAAGCCCUUAAGACUUUUGAUUCAAUGCACAAUUUGCAUAAAUGUGCAGUAGAUAAAGCAUUCACGAGAACCACACAACACCUGGAUCUGUUCCUGCGGUUCCUGCUGGGCAUCUCACUGGAGUCCAAUCAGAGACUCUUACAGGAUCUACUGACACACACAGAGAACAGCUCGGAGAACAUCACGAGAACCACACAAUACAUUAAAGAGAAGAUUAAAGAUGGACAUGGACUCUUCACUGAAAGAUCCAUCAAUCUGUUGCUCUGUCUGCUGGAAGUACAAGAUCAGACUCUGUCCAGAGAGAUUCAGAAGUUUGUAAAAUCACACAAACACAAAGAGAAGAAACUCUCUCCAUCUCACUGCUCAGCAAUUGCCUACAUGCUUCAGAUAUCAGAGGAGGUGCUGGAUGAGCUGGAUCUCAAGACAUACAACACAUCAGAUGAGGGCAGAAGAAGACUGAUACCCAGCUGUGAUCAACUGCAGAAAAGCUCUUCUUGCUGACUGUAAUCUCACUGCUCAGGAUUGUGAAAUUGUGUCAUCAGCUUUACAAUCCUCAAACUCUGUCCUGAGAGAGCUGGACCUGAGUAACAAUGACCUGCAGGAUUCAGGAGUAAAGCUACUCUCUGAUGGACUGAAGAGUUCAAACUGUCGGUUGAAGAUAUUGAGGUAUUUAAGAACAUUAUACAUUUAUAAUUUC